ACAGAUACACUGUGUAUAGGUUAGUAGCAGAUCAGAUGUACGCGAUUGAAUGUGUAGUUGAUCAUGAGAGGUUAUGUUUCUCGCCUAUUUUGAAUAAAUAGCCAAACUGGCUUUCGAUCAUAUUUUCCACUACACGAAAGAAUGCAGCACUUAUUCGAUAAGCCGAAGUGGGAAUGACGUAACCGCAAUUCGAGCGAGUCAUGUGCAAACUUAAAGUAUGGUUGUCACGCAACGAAAGAUGAAGCAGGUUGCAAUCUUCACGGUUUGUAUAUUAUUAGUAUUGGGCUUUUACAAAACUCUGGUGACUACAGAAGAAGAACGAUCCUUUGGCCGAAAUCGUGCCGUAGUUAGGAAUAAAGUCAGUUUCGACAACAAUGAGGUUGGAACGCAAAAAAUUCACGAAGCCGAGGAGGAAAUAUCGGACGACAUCAAGAACAUCGAGGAAGCGAAGAUUCGCAUCCGCGAACUGGAGGGUAAGCUGCAGCAUUUGGAAGCAGCGAUCAAGAACGGAGUGGCGAAGGAUUUUCCGACGGUGAAAUUUUUAAAUUAUAAGAAUCGAAAACGCAUACUAGUGACGGGUGGCGCAGGUUUCGUCGGUUCUCAUCUGGUGGAUCGCCUAAUGCUCGCUGGACAUGAAGUUAUAGUCGUCGACAACUUUUUCACCGGCAGAAAGCGAAAUGUGGAGCACUGGGUCGGUCACGAGAACUUCGAAUUGGUGCACCACGAUAUCGUGAGACCAUUAUAUCUGGAAGUCGACGAGAUCUACCAUCUUGCCAGCCCGGCCAGCCCGCCACAUUACAUGUUAAACCCCGUGAAAACAAUAAAGACGAACACUUUAGGCACUAUAAAUAUGUUGGGACUAGCGAAACGAGUCGGCGCGCGAGUAUUAAUUGCGAGCACGUCGGAAGUAUAUGGAGAUCCGAAUGAACAUCCGCAGGCUGAAACAUACUGGGGCCACGUAAAUCCCAUCGGUCCACGAGCAUGUUACGAUGAAGGAAAACGGGUUGCCGAGACGUUGAGCUACGCUUAUAUGAGACAAGAAGGCGUUUCAGUGCGAGUCGCACGAAUUUUUAAUACCUUCGGUCCCCGAAUGCACAUGAAUGAUGGUCGCGUCGUGUCAAACUUUAUCCUUCAGGCUUUGCAAAAUGAUUCAAUCACAAUUUAUGGUAACGGAAAACAGACACGAUCAUUUCAGUAUGUUUCCGAUCUGGUUGAUGGAUUAGUAGCGCUAAUGGCAUCUAAUUAUACCUUACCCGUGAAUAUCGGAAAUCCCGUAGAGCACACGAUCGAAGAAUUUGCGCGCAUGAUAAAAGAUUUGGUCGGCGCUACUAGCGAAAUAAUCGAACUCGCAGCAGUCGAGGACGACCCGCAGAGAAGAAGACCGAAUAUCAGAAGAGCCAAGGAAUAUCUCAAUUGGGAACCGAAAGUUCCUUUAGCUGAAGGUUUGAAAAAAACUAUAAUAUACUUUGCUAAAGAAUUAAAAAGAACAAAGCAUUCUCAGAAAAAUAGUUUUAAGCAGUCUUCUUACAAAAACGAUCACGAUAUAGUAGAACAGCUUUAAAGGAUCAAGUGUAGCGAUACGAUUAAUGUAUCCACUUUCAAAAGUGAAGUGCCAUUACGCUAUGGACCAGUAUGUGCCAAAAAAAUCCCCGUCCAAUUUGAAUUUUACGUAAUUUAUACAGUAAUGAAUAUACACUAACGAAUGUAUCGCGAUACACGAUUAGUCAAUCUCUUAAACUUUUUUAUCAUACGCAUAGAACACGUUUUUUACAAGAAUAAUUUAAAAUGUAUUUUUAUUUUUCUCUUU